AUGAAUUUCUAUUAGGCACCAGAGAUUUAAUAAGUCAUUUCAAUCCCAAUAACCCUUAUUGAUGGCACUGCUUCUAUGAAUAGGGAAUAUAAGUACAUCAUUUAAGUUUAUGAAUAAACCUUUGGAUACCUGCUAGAAACUUAAAGAAUAUAAUAUUAAUGGUCAACAAGUUUGAAUAGCAUCCACCCAUAUUCAAAUGAAGAACGAGGAAAUCUAACUAUGGCCCUUUCUUAAUUAUUUCAAUUAAUGCUCUAAAAUUAAUUCCCAACUUAAUAUGUGACGAUUACAUUGGUCACGGAUGGAAGAGAGCCAUUUGAUAUUAAUGCUAUUUCGGAAUUAUGCAAAUAGAUUAAAUUACAAUACACUGUCUAAAUAUUUUGUAUAGCAUUUGGUAAUUAAUUUCCAAUCAACUUAUUAAAUAGUUUGAAGGAAGCGAUUUAAAAUUAAGAUUUCAAAAACUAAUCAUUUUUUUAAAUUGCCCGUUCGGAUUAUUUAAGUUAUGUAUAAAUUAAGAAGGAAAUACAAUAUGCAUUUGAAUAAGUUAGACAAAAUUUAAUAAUGACUCCUCAGAAUCAUUUUCUGAACUUUGAAGUGUAUACUACAAUUACAUUAAGAUAACCUCAAAAUUAUAUAGCAUCAAAUGAGUAUUUUUUAGCAAGUUAGGGUUAGAAGAUAAUUAUAGGUGACCAAUAAAUAGGGAGUGUCAACUGUAUAAUUUCUAUAUUGUAAUUUCUAAGGAAAUCUAUAUAAAAUAUUUAUGUCAAUUUAGAAUAACUUUCAUAUGAUUAAAUUAUUUCCGAAUUUUAGCAAGCAAUCUAAUUUAUUAAGUAAAUCAAUAAUAGCAUUGAAUCAAAAGUAGAACACAUAUAAUAACAAGAAAUUAUCAAUUUAAUAUUGAAAAUUAUGGAAUAAAUAGAAUUUGCUUAUAAUAAUUAGGACAUCAUAUUGUCAUAACAUUAUAUUGAAUAGUUUAAGUAUUUAAUUAAUUGUGAUAACCCGAAUGAUUUUAAGAAACUUCUUGAUAAUUAACAAAUUACUGAAUCAUUAGGACACUUUUAAAAAUUUGCUUUGAAUAUAAAAACCCAAUUAUAAAUAUUAAUAACUUCUAACAAUUAAAAAAAUAGUUUGGAAUAAAUCGAAUUUCUCUUUUAAUAUACAAAAAUAUUGAAAUAUUUCAUAAAUAAUAUUUCUGAGGUUGUGAAGACCGUACAACCUAAUAAUUUAUAAACAAUACUCUCGGAAUUGAUAGAAUCCUUAUUUAAACAAUCAAAAGAAGUAUUUUCCUCAGAAUAUUUUGAAAUUUCUACGAAUGAGUAAUAUUAAAUAUUAUUUCAAAUUAAUGAAUAUUUUGGAUACCUAAAACAAUUAUAAGCUGAAACUAGCCUCAAUUAGAUAAAAUAAUUAAUCUUUUAAAUAUCUACUCUGAAUUUGGAUAAUUAGAGCCCAUUAGAUCCAUAUGUUCAAUUUAGUUACCUACCUUUACAGAACUUAAACAAUUAAGAAGCUCCCCCAGAAAAAUAUCUCAUUUUUGUAAUUGAUAAAAAGGAAGAAUUGAGAACAUAUACUGAUUCAUUUCUAAAAUGUUAUGGUGAGAUAUUCAAGAUAUCACAAAAAAAGCGAAUGGAAGUUUAUUGGUACAAUAAUCCUACAACAAACUUCAAAAUACAUAACAAUAAGGAUUUUGAAAAAAUUGAAUUUCAGACUUUCAAACUAUUAUUAGAUUCUUUGAAAGAGAAAUUAACAUUAAAAAAUAAACAAAUCCAAUUAUUAAUUUUAACUGAUAAUGAAUUAUCUUAUGAACAUUUACACCUUUAGAUAAGGUUUGCGGAAUUAUCAAAUUAUAAUUUAAGAAUUAUUAAUAUUUCAAUUGGAAUGAAAUUAUUCAACUAUUUAUAAAGUAAAGUUUGCAGACAGAACGAUUCAUAAACUUCACAAACAAAUUCAUUAUUAAAAAUUAUCCCUAAACAGUAGUUUAUCCAGUUGAGUAAUUCAGAAUAAAAUUCUUAGAGAAGAAAUAACAAUUUAAAAAUUUUACAAGAAAUUGCCAAUCAGAUAGAUAUUCUAAAUUUUUGA